GGGAGUAGUACUUCCGCUAUAUGUAUUAUCAAUAUGAAGAUAAAAUUAAUUUCGAAACAUAAUUGCUCUAAAAAUAAAAAUAAAAUGUAUGCUGUAAUUUUGAAAUCUCAUACAGGCAUUGCUUUUUGAGAUAAUUAUGAAAAGAAGUUGGAUGUUGAAGACAAAAUAAUGAUGGCGGGGUGCCAUCUUCCCCACAGAAAUAUCGAAAUGAGUCGGUUUUUGGACUGGCUGAGAUAUUUGUUGGAAUAUGAGGAACGCCAUUUUGCCUUUCUUGUUCCUUUGAAGUGGAUUAACUGCAAUGAUGAUAAUACCUAUACUGUAAUUUCUUUAUAUCUAUUAUCCUGGAAUGUAAGAAGAUGCGUCUGUGACAAGGUGUUUUGUGCAAUGCCAUGGCUGAUGACUGUAAUGCAAUGGGCCUUAGUGGGCAGUUAGCUAAACCUUUGCACUUGCGACGUUUGGAAAGGAGUCUUGAUGUGAAACCCUUCCUUUCAUAUGUGGAGAACAUAUUUAACACUCCACUCGGUGAAGAUGACAACUCUAGUGAUUCAGAAUCAGAAACUCAGUUGACAGAAAAUGAAGAAUCAAAAGGUGACAAAAUAAUUAAUGGCAUUACCACCACCAAGGAAGAGAGGCGAUCAGACAGAAUUCGGCUGUAUAACUUCAGUAGUGUGAAAAAGAGUCGUCGAUGGUUAAGGGAUGUGUUAAUCAGUGAUACAUCAGAUUCUUCUGAUUCUGAGGGAGAUGACAAGCCUAUUACAGAACAUGAUGUACAAGAAAUGUUACGGCAUCAUGUGCUCAAGAAAAGAUUACGAUCACGCUACUACACAAAUUCAGAGAAUUCACAAUACUUAUAUUAUGGUGCUGGCUUAUUGUCAAACUAUGAUAAAUAUCCAGAACAUCAGAAGCUUGUUGUGGGAAGUAAGAGAAAGAGAAAAGAGAAAAAAUCUGAAAAAAUGGAAAGGAAAAUCAAGAGAAUGAGGAAAUCAACUAUGAAAGAGAAAAGGCAUAUUGAAGAAAACCAGGAACAUGAAAAUUUGGAUGAUUUUGAGUUUGAAGAAGGACUACUUAACUUGAAAGAAGAAGAUGAUCCAGAUUAUUAUUUGGAGACACCAAGUACUACAAAAUUAACUAGGGGUAGGAGAAAAUCGCAACAAGCCAAAAACCCUGAACUCAUGGCCAUUCGAAGAAGAAAAAUCUGGAUGAUGAUGUCAAAGAAGGAAUUGGGGAAGGUUCAACGGUCAAAAACGAACAACCAUAAGGAAAUGUUAACCAGCUGUAAACGAAUUGCUCAGUAUUGUAUGAAACACUGGCGUCAAAAAGCAAUGCAGUCUCAAAAGAAUAUGAAGGAAACAGUAUGGCGUGCUAAGAGAUUGACUCGUGAAAUGCAAGCAUAUUGGAAACGUUAUGAUCGUGUGGAACGUGAGACAAGACGAAGACAGGAGAAAGAAGCUGAAGAACAACGAAAAUUAGAUGGAGAACUCAUGGAGGCCAAGCGUCAGCAGAGAAAACUGAACUUCCUUAUUACACAAACUGAACUUUAUGCUCAUUUUAUGUCUCGCAAAUUGGGAGGUGCCAACCCUCAGGAACAGUUGCGCAUUUUGAGCCAGUUGGAAGAGGAGAAGAUUCCAAGACUUGCUUCAAUUGAUGAUUAUGAUGGUGAAAUAAUGAAGCAGAAGUGCAAAAAGAAUGUAAGAGAUGCUUUCCAAGCAGAACAAGUUCGAACCCGUCAAUUUGCACAUGGUGUGGCGCAUGAAUUGGCUGAAGACUUCAAAUUAACUGAAACAAGCAUAAGUGCUGAUGAAGAACGUCCUCAGCCAAACAUUUUCAGGGGAAAGCUGAAGCAUUAUCAGCUUAAAGGAAUGAAUUGGCUAGCCAAUCUUUAUGACCAGGGUAUAAAUGGUAUUUUGGCAGAUGAAAUGGGUUUAGGAAAAACUGUGCAGUCAAUUGCAUUUCUGUGUCACAUUGCUGAAAAGUAUGAUGUGUGGGGACCUUUUCUUAUUAUUUCUCCUGCUUCUACGCUUCACAAUUGGCAGCAAGAGAUGGCUCGUUUUGUUCCUGAUUUCAAAGUUGUUCCCUAUUGGGGUAGCCCUCAGGAAAGAAAAAUCCUUCGACAAUUCUGGGAUCAAAAAGAUCUUCAUACUAAAGAGGCAAGUUUUCAUGUAGUGAUUACAAGUUAUCAACUUGUAAUUACAGAUUUUAAGUAUUUCAACCGAAUAAAAUGGCAGUACUUAGUUUUGGAUGAAGCUCAGGCAUUAAAAAGCACAAGCAGCGUACGAUGGAAAUUACUUCUGGGAUUCAGUUGUAGAAAUAGACUUUUGCUCAGUGGAACACCGAUUCAGAAUAGUAUGGCUGAAUUGUGGGCUUUACUUCACUUCAUAAUGCCAACACUUUUUGAUUCUCAUGAUGAAUUUAAUGAGUGGUUCUCUAAAGAUAUAGAGUCUCAUGCAGAAAAUAAAACUGGAAUUGAUGAAAAACAUUUAUCUCGAUUGCAUAUGAUUCUUAAACCAUUUAUGCUUCGAAGAAUUAAGAAAGAUGUUGAAAAUGAAUUAUCUGAUAAAAUUGAAGUGAUGGUGUACUGUCCUCUUACAACAAGGCAGAAACUUCUUUAUUCAGCUCUGAAGAAAAAAAUACGUAUUGAAGAUCUGUUGUAUUCUUAUACUGGUACAAAUCAAACUUCUCAAAGCGUUACGUCGAGCUUGAUGAACCUAGUUAUGCAAUUUCGAAAGGUGUGCAAUCACCCAGAAUUAUUUGAACGCCGUGAAGCAAAAUCUCCAUUUUUCAUUCAGGCAUGCGAGUAUAUAUUACCCAAGCUGGUAUUUGACGAGGCAAUGUUAAUUGAUGCUUUUCCAAGCCGGUAUCACCUUCUUUAUAAUCUCUUUAGUAUUUUUACAGCAGAGUAUAUUCAUCGGAGCCUCUUUCCUCUCUCUUCAACAGGGCCUUUACUUGAAAGCUGUUUUUCAUUUACAAGACUGUGCAAUAUUUGUCCCAUGGAGUUGCAGAAACUGACUCUAGGGGGUUUAACAUCAACGUUGCUGUGGCUGAACAAACGAGUUAUGGAAGAUAUUCCGUAUUACCAUCGUGUUAUGUGGUGGGACUGCAUAUCAGUUUGUCGAUUAUUGUUAGUUUCUGCUUCUGGUGCUCUAUCACCCGCAGCUGUGCAGACCAGUACUGUUUUGGCGCAAUUGAUAUUCACUGCGGUGUCAAGUAGGCACAAUACUAUUUAUUCCCAUUUGGAUCAUGUCAUUCAUGCUAUGGCGGAAACCGUUGAGCAUCGCAUCCUGCGGUCACGUAAAGUACACCGAAGUCUUCCGGGAGGGGCAGGAAUUGUGAAAGAUGAACCUGAGAGUUUGAUAACCAGCCCUGGGAAAGUAUUGGGAUCAGUUGGUUCUCCUAAGAUCAGAUCUCCUAAUUUCACAAAGGAACUUAAAUCUCCAUCAAAAAUUGGUGAAGAAGAAAAUUCAAGUCCAGUGGCAAGUCGAGGUGGAAAAUGUCCAAUAUUACCAGAAUUCCUGCAUGUUCCUCGCCCACCAAAAGUUUGGGAAUGUGAACCUACUGACCUACCUUCAUUUCUACAUUACACUUGCCCGAAGAUACAAACCCGCUCAAGUAGUAUUUUCUGCAGUAGUAGAAGAGCCGCUUGGAGUGUUCUUCGUCAUCAACAUUGUCAUGACUUGGAAGGCUGGAAGACGAUGUGGUAUGGUAGUCCAGAUUUGGCAAAUGCUUAUCUUUCAAGAGCACAGUACUUCAACACUCAGCCAGUGGGUGGUAUUGAAGCUGCAGUACCUAAAUAUGGCUGGUCAAAUAUCGUUGUACCAGACAAACAAACAUUGGUUACCGAUGCAGGCAAGCUAUAUGUUCUUGAUGGACUUCUGAGGCGUCUCAAGGAACAAGGUCAUCGUGUUCUUAUCUAUUCCCAGAUGACUCGUAUGAUAGAUUUGCUGGAGGAAUACAUGUGGCAUCGAAAACACACAUAUAUGAGAUUAGAUGGUUCUUCAAAAAUAUCAGAGCGAAGAGACAUGGUGGCAGACUUUCAAUCAAGGGAAGACAUUUUCGUAUUUUUGUUGAGCACAAGAGCAGGAGGACUUGGUAUAAAUUUGACUGCUGCUGAUACUGUGAUCUUCUACGACAGCGACUGGAACCCGACGGUGGAUCAGCAGGCUAUGGACCGCGCUCACCGUCUGGGGCAGACCAAGCAGGUGACGGUGUACCGCCUCAUCUGCAAGGGCAGUAUCGAGGAGCGUAUCCUGCAGCGCGCGAGGGAGAAAAGCGAGAUACAACGAAUGGUCAUCAGCGGAGGGAACUUCAAGCCCGACACCCUUAAACCAAAAGAGGUGGUGUCGUUGUUGCUGGACGACGAGGAAAUCGAAAAGAAGUAUCGCCAGCGGCAGGCGGAGCGCCGGCUGAUGGAGGAGCAGCGAGCAGACUACUAUCGGGACCGGGACCGCGAACGCAAGCGGAAGCAGUUCCUGGGUGUCGUCAAGGUGUCGCAGGGCAGCGGGGCGCUACCGCAGGAUGAAACGAGCAACGAAGGACUGGUUGUCGACGUGGAAAGUCCGGCGUCGUCACAGCCACAAUGCGUACCGAGCCUCCAGGAGGUGGGCGGGCGCGGUGGCGGCUCGUCGUCGUCGCCGUCGGGGGCCAGCGGCGGCGGCGGUGGUGGCGGCGCGGGGUCACUAGGGUCGGGCGGGCUGCCGGUGGGGGGCGUGGCGCUGCCGGGCGUCAACACGGUGCGUGCGGCGGGGCCGGGCGCCGCGCCUGCGGGCCGCUGGGCCCGCGGCACCGGGCACGGCGGCAGCCGCCGCCCUGCGCAAGCCCGCGCGCCCGCUGCCCGUGCGCUGCGCUCGGGGCCCGGGCGCGCCGCUCCACCACCAACAAACCGCAUCACAGCGACGGGGCGGCGUUCGCCGCCUCGUCGGCCUGCACGCGUGUCCGCGCCGCCGGCGCACGCCCGCGUCACCAACAGCACCGCGCCUGCAAGUCGCAGCAUCACCACUCCACACCCGCCAGCGCGCGCUCCCCGGCCGCACCUUGGCGUCGUCGUCGUCGUCGCUGCCCUUGAACUAACUUGUACAUAUUACAUUGAUUUUUUUUGUCAUUUUGUGUAUAUUAAAAAAUCUAUGUGUAUAGAAGAACAACAAGCAGCACAACAUUUUGGACCAAUUUGA